AUGUCGAAAAAGGCAGCAUCGCUAUCGGGGCCCCGCCAAUCCGCAUCCACCACUCAGAAUGCGAUUGAUAUCAAUGCGAAUCAACGAGGCAAUGCCAAUAACAACGAAAUCAUCUUCGACCAGACGUUCACAUCAGAGCCUCCUCCAUACUCGAGUGUUACUCCAGUACAUAAUAACAGCAUUUCGAUAGCGACAAGGAGUCCUUCAAGACUAUCAACGGCGCUGCCAGGCAUCGAUUUUUCCAAAUACUCAAUCCCAGAAGCCUCACUUUCCAAAGAUGGCUCAACGGUCUCAACUUACCACCCUUCAUUCACAUCCAAUCCGUCUACGCUUAUCCGCUUCGUGCAGGAACAGGCCAGACUUCCACCACUACCUUAUAUCCAUAUCGCUGGCGCCAAAAGAGACCUUCAGCCGCAGCGAGACUUUGAUAUCAAGAUAAACAUGCUUUCGCUGUUUCUAGCGCAAGAAAAUAAUCAGAGCAAUCAGUGGAAUUAUGUCAAAUUAGUCGGAGACGAGGAGUCUGCUUAUCGUGGCAAACAUAAUCCGAGUACCCUUCCUACAGCCAAGGGGGGACUUGACGAAUGGGCCAAGAGGUUUUGCAAAGAGACGUCGACUCUGAAAUCGUUCACUCUCACACGACAACUCUCCAACUGGAACAGCACAUAUAUCGAAGGCCAGAUCCGCAGCCUCAUUGCCUCCACGGGCUAUGACCAGCCCGUUACAGUGACAUUCCCCGUCAAAUACGCAAAAGUAGUAGUCUACCCGCCCAAAAGUAGCCAAAGCUUCUUUACCACGCUAGUUUCCCCUUUGCUGGAAAAGAGACGCUUUGAGAUAAUCCGCGCCGUGUGGCCCUACGCCUCCCUCCCGCCUGGAGCCAAUGCUGCUGCUGCUGGACGCUCAUGUGUUGCUCAAACUGAAGAGACGUGGUGGGAGGAGUGGAGGGAUGUGCUUCGAUGGUCCAUCGUUAAUAAACGCAAUGGUUGGGUCACGAUUGAUGAUAUUGCGGAAUACCGAAUGGCGCCAUCGCCGCCAGCAUCUAAUCCAUGGGAGUAUUGA